CCUGUGGUUCCCCUACCGUUCACAGUUGUGCGGGAUAAUAGCGACGUCACAUAUUUGCUUCCGAUAUGCUGAGUGGCAGUGACAGGGAAAGAACUCUCGAUCUCCCUUGCCACUGUCGAGAUUCCAAAUCAUGAAGAUGGAGGAAGCGGAGGCCGUCCAAUUCCUCGAAUCUCUGCUAGGGAAAACUUUGCAUGUGACUGUGCCAGACGGUCGGCUGUUCACCGGGACAUUUCGAUGUACGGACAACGACAGUAACAUCAUCCUCUCCAAUACAUUCGAGGAUCGCAUGCCCUCUAGGGGCUCUGAGAGAGCUGCCAUUGAUAAGCUCAAAAUCUCUGGACAGACUAGUAGAGCUGACAUGACGUCGAGAUUUGUCGGACUCAUUGUAGUCCCGGGCAAGCAGAUAGCAAAGCUAGAAGUUGAGGACAAGAGGGAGUGGCCCAGUGGACAGUCUUUAUCGUUGCGAGCAAAAUCAUGAAACUCUUGAGCCUGGGCUGCAACAUAACAAGCUCACCACUCGCUGGGUACCAAGGAGUUGUGGAGUCCCAUCUUCAGUGUUGGCGUUUGAAGGCUUCGGAUAUGUUAUCAAAGAGAAUUGAAGGUCGGAAAUAAAAUGUUGGACGCGGUGAUAAAAUCGCGUGGUCGACAAAGCAUUUAAUUUACUGUAUCGCUAAGCGAAAGACGAAGGACGCUC